AAGAGGAACAAGAGAUGAAAGAUUUCACACACAUUACCAACAACAUCUUCACAAUGAGCCAGCGAUGGAUCGAGACGGUCUUCUGUUCGUCUUCAUCUUGAUCAAACUCUCUGGUUCUCAAGAUGUCAAUACGGUCAGGACAGUGUCUGUUCAGAGCGGACAGUCUAUCAUAAUUCCAUGUUUAUAUAAACAGACAUAUGCUUUUUCGCACAACCGUAAGGUCCUGACGGUCCACAUGGAGGAUGUCCGGGAGUCGAAUCAGUUCUCCUGUCCUGCUGUCAUUCCUUCUGGACCUGGUCAACCGGACAACUUCUCCCUGGAGGUCACAGCAGGCCGGCCGAGGCUGUCUGUGCAGCGCCAGAUCGAGAACGUGUCCGAGGGCAAAAGCGUCAGCGUGUCCUGCAUUCAUCAGGGGGAAGCGCCGGUGCAGUGGUGUCAGCUCCACGGGCUCUGCGUGACGGACCGAGGGACUAUAGACGGGGCCGAGGUCGAGAUCAGACACCAUCAGGAACACGUGACGACGGUGAUACUGAGCAAACUGAAGAUGAAGAACACGGGCUGGUACCUGUGCUCAACACGCCAGCUGCAGAUGCCUGUGCAUAUUACAGUACACAACCGUACAGACGAGAUCACACCCAGCGCUCGCAACAGGACGGCUGUUUUCUUUCUGUUGCCUGUGAUUUUGGAAAUUCUCCUGAUCAUUAUCAUUUACUCAGCACUGAAACUGCUCACGUUUAUCAAAGAAAGAUUCCUGAGUCCAGCAGAGGAGGGCCAGUACGUGAUGAUGCACGGGGAACAGUCCCCACACGCCUGUGAAGAAGCUUAUGAGAUCAUGGCUGAACUAACAACAAACACUGAGCCCCGCAGCGAGUCAGAUUAUGUGAACUUCAGGGAGACGUGACUGUCAGUCUGUGCAACACCAGGAGUGGAGGGACACACUGAUUCUUCCCAGAAGCCUCAGCAAGCCUGAGCACUCCACAACAGUCCUGUAAUGACAGGCUCCAUCCUCCAGGGGGCCUCAGGGACAUUCAUCACCAUUCAACAUCAUGCUGUUGGUGUGUGUGUGUGUGUGUGUGUGUGUGUGUCGUUUAAUAGGUGCUUCAACAUGACCAAUGAUAAGCAUGA